GUGAGAGAGACCCAGAGAUCCAGAAAGAGAGGAGGCACCGCCCCCACCCCGCCUCCAAAGCUAACUCACGGGCUUGAGUGGAAGAGGCCGACUGCACACUACUGCACACUCGUUCUCCUCUGGCCCCACUCUCCCGCUGCCAUGGGGCCCUGCACUCCUCUUCUCAUCUUGUUCCUUUUGUCGUGGUCGGGACCCCUUCAAGGACAGCAGCACCACCUUGUGGAAUACAUGGAACGCCGACUAGCUGCCUUAGAGGAAAGGCUGGCCCAGUGCCAGGACCAGAGCAGUCGGCACGCUGCUGAGCUCCGGGACUUCAAGAACAAGAUGCUGCCGCUGCUGGAGGUGGCUGAGAAGGAGCGGGAGGCACUCAGAACUGAGGCUGACACCAUCUCGGGGAGAGUGGACCGUCUGGAGCGGGAGGUGGACUAUCUGGAGACCCAGAACCCAGCUCUACCCUGUGUAGAGGUUGAGGAGAAGGUGAGCGGAGGCCCUGGGACCAAAGGCAAGGGCAGAAGAAAUGAGAAGUAUGAUAUGGUGACAGACUGUGGCUACACAAUCUCUCAGGUGAGAUCAAUGAAGAUCCUGAAGCGGUUUGGUGGCCCAGCUGGUCUAUGGACCAAGGAUCCAAUGGGGCCAACAGAGAAGAUCUACGUGUUAGAUGGGACACAGAAUGACACAGCCUUUGUCUUCCCAAGGCUGCGUGACUUCACCCUUGCCAUGGCUGCCCGGAAAGCUUCCCGAGUCCGGGUGCCUUUCCCCUGGGUGGGCACGGGGCAGCUGGUAUAUGGUGGCUUUCUUUAUUAUGCCCGGAGGCCUCCUGGAGGACCUGGAGGGGGUAGUGAGUUGGAGAACACCUUGCAGCUCAUCAAAUUCCACCUGGCAAACCGAACGGUGGUGGACAGUUCAGUAUUCCCAGCAGAGGGUUUGAUCCCCCCGUACGGGCUGACAGCAGACACGUACAUUGACCUGGCAGCUGAUGAGGAGGGCCUUUGGGCUGUCUAUGCCACCCGGGAGGAUGACAGGCACUUGUGUCUGGCCAAGUUAGACCCUCAGACACUGGACACAGAGCAACAGUGGGACACACCAUGUCCCAGAGAGAAUGCUGAGGCUGCCUUUGUCAUCUGUGGGACCCUAUACGUUGUCUAUAACACCCGCCCUGCCAGUCGGGCCCGCAUCCAGUGCUCCUUUGAUGCCAGUGGCACCCUGACCCCUGAAAAGGCAGCACUCCCUUAUUUCCCCCGCCGAUAUGGUGCCCAUGCCAGCCUCCGCUAUAACCCCCGAGAGCGCCAGCUCUAUGCCUGGGAUGAUGGCUACCAGAUUGUCUAUAAGCUGGACAUGAGGAAGAAAGAGGAAGAAGUUUAAGGAGCUAGCCUUGGUUUUUGUAUCUCUUCCACCUCCAUACAUUUAUAUGCUCACUAAAUUUCCUGUUCCUCAUCCAAAUGUGAGCAAGUAGUGGUUCAAAUCCUGUCUUUUUAGCCAGUGGAAGCCAAAUUCUCAUAACCCCUUCAUUUCAUAUGGGACUCCAGAUCUUGAGUAAUCCUUUUCCAGCUAAAAGAAAGAAAACCCUGACUGUUCACUCCCUCUCUCCCGCCCCACGUCAACAAAUUUCAGGCCAGUCAAAGAGGACCCAGACCCAGAGCUCUGACCCUCCUAUGGGGGCAACCCCAGUGAACAGGCAACAGAAUAUUUCUUGCCUCAGUGUGAGUUGGAGAGAGAGAGGACUAGGAGAAAGAGACUUUCAACUCUGCCUCUCUCCCUUCUCCCUUCAGCGCCCUAAAGAAUGGGACUUUCUCCACAUCAUUUUGUAUUGCAACAUUUUGCAUUAAAAGGAAAAUCCACUGCUC